AUGCAUGGAAAACGUAUGUCUCAUGCAUUUGGGUCUAUGGAAUGCGGAGCCAAGAGAUCAAGUCAGCUGAGAUGCCUUCGAGUGAUGACUUGCCAUUAUUUAUCAACUGAAAGUUUGAAUGUAGUAGUCCAAAAACUACCAUUGUUGGAGGAGUUUCAUCUUUACUACACCUACAUUCACAAAGAAGCUAUUGAAACCAAUGGUCGCAGUUGCCCACUUUUGAAGUCAUUCACAUUGAACCAGAAAUGGAUUCCACAGUCGCCCAUGGAUGAGAACGACGAUGAUGAUGAAGUGCUAAACGACGAUGAUGAGGUGGUAGCUAUUGCAAAAAACAUACCUGGAUUACAGAACCUUCAACUCCUUGGAAAUUAUUUGACAGAUAUUGGCCUGCAAGCCAUUCUUGAUGGUUGCCCUCACCUUGAUUCACUUGAUUUGCGACAGUGUUUCAACGUCAAGCUUAAUGGGGAUUUAGGCAAAAGAUGUUCAAAGAUAAGAGAUCUGAAGUGUCCUUUCGACUCCACUGCAGGCUAUGAAUUUGAUACUUCACUCGGUGAUGAUAUGGAUCCACCAGAUGAUGAAAUAUCUGAGGAUUUUUUGUGGUGACUAUCAGACUUCCAUUAAAGCGGACUAAACUGUGUGUUAUGGGUUGUGUUUUUGACUACCGGAAACCAUGGAAGAUGCCAAAAUUCAAUGUUUUGUGGUUGACGAGGCAGACGUUCUGUGGUUUGACGAGGCAUAUCGGUCUGGAUCUUUUAAAUGACUGCUUGUCCCAGUAGAUGAGUAUUGUGAAUUCUCUGGUGGCAGCAACACU